AAUAUCUUAUAUAGAUAAAUAUAUUAAUCUUAAAUGUUAAGUUCUAAGGCAGGUGUAGAUCAUGUGUUACGUUAAUUUACAAAUAAAAGAGUGUUAAUAAGAGUAGAUUUCAAUGUACCAAUAAAAGAAGGGAAAGUAAAGAAUGCAACAAGAAUCUAAGGAGCUAUUCCUACAAUAAAGAAGAUUUUAGAAUAAAAUCCAAAGAAUGUGACAUUGAUGUCUCAUAUGGGAAGACCAGAUGGAAAAAGGUAAUAAGAAAAAUGAAUAAAUUUUUAGAGUCGAAAAAGAUUCUUUGAAAAUAGUGGUUCCUAAGUUAGAAGAAUUGUUAGGAAUAAAAGUUAACUUUGUUAAUGAUUGUAUAGGUUAAGAAGCUGCUGAAGCUUCAAAUUCUGGAAAUGGAUAAAUUAAUUUAUUAGAGAAUCUAAGAUUUCAUAUAUAGGAGGAAGGAAAAGGAGUUGAUGAAAAAGGAGCCAAAAUAAAAGCUGAUAAAGAGAGUGUUAAAAAGUUUAGAAGAGAACUAUCAGGAUUGGGAGACAUAUAUGUGAAUGAUGCAUUUGGUACAGCACAUAGAGCACAUUCAUCUAUGGUUGGAAUUGAUCAUAAAAUAAGAGUAGCCGGUUAUUUGAUGAAAAAAGAACUUGAUUAUUUUGCAAAAGCAUUGGAAACACCUUAAAGACCAUUUUUAGUAAUUUUAGGAGGUGCUAAAGUUGCAGAUAAGAUUCAAUUAAUUAAAUCUAUGCUUGAUAAAGUAGAUGAGAUGAUAAUCGGAGGAGGUAUGGCAUUUACAUUUCUUAAAAAAAUUCAUAAUGUUCCAAUAGGAAAAUCUUUAUUUGAUGAAGAAGGAUAUAAAAUUGUUGAUGAAAUAUUAACUAAAGCUAAGGAAAAAAAUGUUAAAAUUCAUCUACCUGUUGAUUUUGUGUGUGGCACUGGAUUAGAUGCAUCUAGUCCUGUUGCAUUACAUGAUCUUAAAUCUGGAAUUCCAGAUGGAUGGUUAGGUUUAGAUGCAGGAUAAUUAACAUAAAGAGAAAAUGCAGAAGCUAUAUCAAGAGCUAAAACAGGUUUAAAUUUUUAUUUAGUUUUUAGUUGUUUGGAAUGGACCAUAAGGAGCAUUUGAAAUUGAACAAUUCAAAAAUGGUUCUGUUAGCAUGUUAAAUGCUUUAAUUAAAUAGACUUCAAGUGGAACUACAACUAUUGUAGGAGGUGGUGAUACUGUUAAUCUUGUUGGAGCUAAUAAAGCAAAUGAUAAACUUAGUCAUGUCUCUACUGGAGGAGGUGCAUCUCUAGAAUUAUUAGAAGGAAAGACAUUACCUGGUGUAGAAUAUCUUACUAAUAUCAAAGAUUUAUGAUAUUAACAAUAAUCAAUUUAUCAUUAAUAUUUUAAAUG